AUGUUGUGCAGGUUUCUCAACUCGACACUGGAAAUCCCGGUGCGACUCCUAGUUUCCUUCUCAGUGCAGGUUUCUCAACUCGACACUGGAAAUCCCGGUGCGAACCAUGAACUGACAGGUUUUAAUCAGGGUGUUAUAAAAUCACUACUUGCAACUCAGUUAACUAUACUACGCGUAUUUGUUACUCAGACAAUCAUGCUACGUGUACAGCCUUUGGGACAGUCAACUCUGUCCCUUAGUGUCCCCGAGUCGUCAGGGUAUAGGUACAAGGGAGGCGGCUUAUGUUACCUGGAGCUGGAGGAGCCUUUGGCAUGGUUGCCUGCUGAAAUAGCACGCCUUAGUGCCCCUCGACAAGGUCUCAGCUAUGACUCCUUUGGAAAUGGUGGAUUCUCUAUUCACAACUCUCCAUGGGGUGAACAUAGCCAGGGAUCAUUGGAGAGAAACCUGACACAGAUCACUGAUGGGGAUCAUUGUUAUGGGGACUCCCUCUGCCCCCCAACAGACCUUAAAAAACUCAAGGAAGUGUAUUCAACUUUAUUGUCUUCCAUGGAGAAAAAAUUCUUAAAGAAGGAGGCUAGGCAAAUUCAGAUGAUGUUAGAUUCUGGUUUGACAAUGAAUCAGCAGCAUCAUUCCUCUAUGUGGGAUUGCAGUAGUCAAUUAAUUGGAGGUCCUGUUAGAAGUGUUGAUGUUUAUGGAGUAUGGGAGGAUGCCAGACAGGCUCUGAAAGAAUUUAAAGAUCAAACAGAUAUCAACAGACCUAUGAUUUGUAUGGACCAAGAUGUUGGACUCAGCCUAAUGCAGGAAAUGGCACCUGACUUUGGUAAGCUGUGUGGAGUCUAGGCUA